AUGACGGUGGUCCCGAGGGCUCUGCCACCCAUCCUGGACAUGGGGUACGAAGGGAUCACGGGGAUUCUUCAGGAGGCCUCCCACACCCAGGCCAGCACCCACCUGGGGCACCCGCUGAGGGACCACAUUGAGGGGCGAAAUGGGUCCACUUCCACCAGGGCCCUGAAGCUUCCAGAUGGCACCAGCGCCGCCUGGUACAUCCUCACCAUCUUCGGCAUCUUCAGUGUUGUCUUCCUCUUCCAGUUGGCCAGCAACAUCCUCAGAAGGAGUGAUAAGUCCUUGGAAGACACUUAUUACUCAAAUGUGAACUCUGAGCUCAAAAAGAAAGGACUCCAGAACAAUGUCCCCAGGUGCUCUGCACAGACCAUCAGCAACAGAGCUGUGCUCCAGCCCACCCAGCCCAGUCUGAGGCCAGCGCAUGCCAACAGCAGCCCCCCAGUGGAAAUCCCAGGGGCCCCUGGAAGCCAGGGCAAGCCAGCCUCCCUGGGGGCCAACUUUCUUGGUUGGCGGAGCAGCUCUGAGUCCACCUGCAACCUUGAGAGAGGGGUCAAGCCCUCGUGGGGGUGGAAGAGCACCUGUGAGCUGGGGGCCUUUCCGGCCAACAGGGGAGUGUCCGGAAGGCAGCAUCCCGGUUCCUUCUCAGGCUUUCCAGCAUAG